AGAGAUCCAAAAUGGGAGGCAAGCUCAGCAAAAAGAAGAAGGGAUACAACGUAAACGAUGACAAGGCCAAAGACAAGGAUGCCAAAGCGGAGGGGGCCUCUCCGGAGGAAAGCGAAGCACCGAAGGACAACAAGGACGAGGCCCCGGCUGCCACCGAUGCUAAAGAGGUAGCAAACGACACGGCGGCCAAGGAGGCGCCGGCGGCAGACGCUGCAGCGCCCAAAGAGGAGGAGAAGGACGCCGCUCCUGCAGCAAAGGAGCCCGAGAAACCUGCCGCCAACGCCGAGCCGAAAACGGAGGCGCCCAAGAGCGCCGAGCCCCAAAAGGCUGAGGAGAAACCAGCUGCCCCCGCCCCGGCCAAAGAGUCGGCCCCCGCCGCCAAGGAGCCGGAGACCAAGGCUGCGGCGGCCGAGAGCAAAGAUGAGGCCGACGCCAAAAAGACUGAGGCCCCCGCGGCACCAGCAGCCAAAGCCGAGGCGGCCCCCGCUGCCUCCCCUGACCCCAAGCCCACAGAGGCGGCGGCGGCGGCAGCAGCAGCUCCCGCACCAGCGAAGGAAGCCGCCGCUGCCCCUAGUUCAACACCAGCCGCCGAACCUCCGGCCAAGGAGGCGAACGCCACAGAGGCACCAAGCAAGGAUCAAACCGUAGCAGUUCAAGAUUAAUGGACAGCUUCUUUUCGGAAAUGAAAAAAUAAAAAAUAAAGUACCUAACUCAACGACGAUGAAGAUUUAAAAAAAAUUAAAAUUAACUAGCCCACCCAUAUUAUGAUAAUAAUAACAAUAAUAAUAAUAAUUGUAAUGAUGAUGAUGAUUUGUUGAAUAAGGAGGACUGGAGCAACCACCUGGAGAAGUUUCCCACAGCUGCAGAUGAUUAUUGCUAUUAUUAUUGUUAUGUUUUAUUCUAUUUUUUUCUGCUGUAGUAUUUGAACUUUGAUACGAGUCUGUGUCGGCCAUACGCCUCGCCAUUCCACAUCCAUCAUCCCUCUCCCCUCAUUAUGGUUUGAGAAAGUUUAAUCUGACUCCCAUCUCGGCUCCCUGCAGAAGUCACCGCCAUCGGACUUCUGUCGGUCCCGCUCUCAUACAUUCACCUGCACCUUCUGCUCUGUGGAUGUCAGAAAAACUACAUUUUGGGGAAACUUCGGGAAGGAGGAAGGGGUUAAGGGAGGAGGGAGGAGGGUUUUUUUCGGAAAUCUCUUUAACCAGCUGGACGUCCAUUGAGUCUGUCCACUCUUCAGCUCUCCUCCGUCAACUCAUCCUCCUCUUCAGAGUGUCGUGUUCUCGGCUUCGGUCUAGUACCUCCAGAUACUUUGGUGCCGUUGAAUUGCGGUUCUCCUAACCCCUCUUUUGGCUUUUUUUUUUUGGUAUUGUUGGGUUGUUUUGCUACCCUCCUUUUCCCUCUUUUUUCCCCCAAAAUAGCCCAAUCUGUGAAGAACCUUUAAAAAGGGAGAUUAAAUUGAGAAUAGUCAGGCUUUCUAAGACAUCUCCGAGGUUGAA